AUGCUUGCUUACCUUCCUAGCAUACCUAAGCAGGCAGGGUCCUUAAGGGACCUUAAAGGCCUCAGGAGCCCAGGCUUCCAACAGCUGGUGCGAUUUCUAUGGCCCCUAUUUGGUUGUAUAUGUUCUGAUAUCUCAUGGUGGGAUAGCGGCAACGCCUGUGAGCCAACUCGCUUUUCCCACCAGAUCUUCAGAAACCCCGGCGGCAACUUGGCCGCUGGCAUCAGCAACAACAUGGGAUGCUUCUACUGCAAUCCUAACUAA